GAGAAUAUCCCCCCUACAUGCCUCUUCAUUAUACAUUGGCCAAUUUGGCAUCUCUUCUCCCCUAAUUAUUCGACUCGUUAUUUCCCCCACCUUCUUGACAGCCGAUGCUUCUUCUUAGUCGACGUCUCCUUAAUCGCCAUUAAAGCAUUGAUUUCAAUUGAAAUAUUUGAUUGGCUGGGCUAUAUGAUAAGAGAUAAGGAUAAAAUGAAAUAUUGAAAGAAAGAGGGGCUUAGAGAAAAUUCGACUUAAAAAUUCGAUUUAUACAUGUGUCGGAUUUCAAAGUCCCUCCUCUAAAAACGCUCGCAUCGUUUCCUUUUUAAGAGCCCUCAACUCUUCGAGAAUUCAACAUUCAUUACUCGAUUCCUCCCUCAACUUCUCUUAAAUUCAUAAACAAAGUUACAGCCUAAAGCAUUGUUUGACCGCCCCAUAUGCGUUCGUCUACCCUUUUUCUGCUGGCUGUUGUUCUGCUGGCGGUUAUAGUUCAACUGCAUGCUGAUCCAAAAACUGGUCAAAAAGCAGCAACCACUGAAAAGGAAGGAGGAGGAAAGCCAGCUACGCAAAAAGUAGUUUCGAAACAAAACAAAGGAAAACAAACUUCUAACAAAAUACACGAGGCGAAAAAAGGAGCUCAACACGCCAUACAUGGUGCAAAGAAAGCAGCUCAACACGUUAAAGAUUCAGCAAGCAAAUUGGCUCAUGGAAACAAGCCAAAUGAUAAGGUGAUCGAAGAUGACAAGCUCAAAACUGAAGUCAAAAAUGUAUUGGUUGAAAUGAGUCAACACCCAGAAGAAAUUAAAAAGAGUAACAAGAAAAAUUUUGUUAAAGCAGUUACUUGCCAGGUUUGUAAAAAAAUCAAUCAAGACGGAAACCCAAAACCGAAAGAUCAGAAACUAUCUAAAAGCGAAAAGAAAAAAGUUAAAAAAGAAAAUAAAGAAAAAAUGAAAAAAUUGAACGCCCAAAUUAAAAAACUUUUAAAUAGCGAUGAAACUCUUAAAAAAGAAAUGGAUGAAUUGUUUAAUGCAGUCCAAGAGGCGCAUAAAAAGAAUAAAGCUGCUGCUUUACCCAAAACAAAUUCUGGACCUAAAAAUGCUCAAGCAAAACCUGGACAUUUAAAUGUCAAACAAGCGCAUGAACUACAUGGUGCGAAACAUGCUGCUGUUUCACCCUUAAAGAAACUUGUUGGCCUAAAGGCAAAUAUGCCUAAAACUCUUGAAUUCUUAUCUGGUGGAAAACAUGCUUCUGAACCAAAAUCUGCUGAAACCCCACAAAAACACUCUCCAAUUAAAUUUGAAACCUUACGCCGAAAUGUUUCCUCCCCUGUGCCACGAGGAAAUGUUGGAAAUAUGUUGCGUAACUCCUCGAUUCCCUCAGUUUCUGGCCCAUUAGCUUCUAAUAUGUUUGGUGGAAAAGGAAAAUUCUCCAAGAAACCAAUUGGAAAUAAUGGAUUGGAAACUUCGGGUAGCAAGUUAAGCCCUCCAUUAAAACUGGCUGAAGAUGAUGAUGAUGAUUUUGAUGAUAGUCCUGAUGAUGAUGGUCUUGAUAACGAUAGUCUUGGUGAUGAUGAUGAGGAUGAUUUGUCUAACUCUCCGUUAGAUAAAGCUGAAUCGGACGAGGACGAUAAAGAUGCCAGUGAAGAGGAUAAAACCGAAGAAUCAGACGAGGAAGAUUUUAAAGAGAAUAAAUUAAAUAGCAACUUGCUGAAAAAAGCUGAAUAUAACGAUUUGUUAAGUAAAGGAAAUGAGGAUUUGGAUGAAGAAUUGAAGAAGAAAGCCUUCAAUGAGAAAGUUCGGGAGGCUACCGAAUUGGCGCUGAAAGUUGGUGAUGAAAUACAGAAGAAUGUUCCCAAAGUAAAUUCGGCCCCUCAAGUGAAAAACUCGUUGUUUGAUCAAAUUGGAAAUCAAAUUCCGGUCAAGCCGGUCGCUUGA